UCAGUUUCCAGUUCCUCAUUCUGAGAGACGCUUUAAGCGCAUAAGACUUUAAUGCGACUUUAAUACAUCAUUCGAAAUUGCUUCGGGGGCAACUUCUGCUGCUGCCUGCUUCUUCUUCUUCUUCAUCUUGUGAAUUUCAAAUUCAAAAUGCGGCACACAUUUCGAUUGAUUUUCUUGUACUGCUGCUGGCUCGUCAUCUUGUUGCCAACUUUGUGCCACACACAGAGCAGCUGCCAGACACCCGACAAGACUGUUGGCCAAUGUGUGCACUUUAGCUCCUGUCGUUUUGUGCUACGCCAAUAUGCGAUGUACAAGGAACACAUGCCGCCUGCCAUAAUGCGCUUCCUGCAAAGAUCACGCUGCAGGCCCAAAGUUGAUGGCUAUCAUUUGUGCUGCGAACUAAAAGACGUGAUUCCUGCGAAUGCCAACUCAAAGUUAAAAUGAAUUUUUGUGUGUAUCAACUUCAAAGCACAUGUGUGUCUAUAUAUAGUAUAAAGAUGCGUGCUUUGAUCUGCAUAAUUUCAACUUUAAAGCACGGUCAAAAGUUUUAUGUGCGACGCCGCUGCAAUUAUGUGAAUCAAGUGCAACUUGGCUGGCGUCUUUUGCAUAUAAAAAUCUGAUGGCACAUCUUUUAUAAUACUUAACAAAAAACUCAACACUUUUGUACGAUAUUGUUUGGCUGC